AACAAGCACUCCCGGUUCAUCCUGCAAAAAUGUGCCAGAAACACUUUUACUUUUAAAAAAUUGUUUGCGCGGGGCCAUGUACUCGCCAACAGUAGAGCACCACCGUUCCGUUCGAUUUUUUAUUUUGAUAUUUUUAAUUGCGGGUCUGUACUCGUUAUAUUCUGCGCAUUUUCAUUCGCGAUAGGCGGGGUGGGCUCCCCCCUUUUUCCUGCUGCACGCACUAUUUUUUAGUGCCGGCUUAUUACAGCAGAUGUCUCAUGACUAUGUCCCAAUAAAGAAUAACUCUGGUGGCCCUCGAUAUUUUUUGCGCGCUCCAAAAAUUUUUAUAUUCGCACACUGCUGGUCGACGGGCCAACUUCAUCGGUUACUUUUGAAUGUUUGCGAAUAGUUUGAUUUGUCUACCGUUGCCUGCACAAGAUCAUCGCCGAACCCGAUUUCGAAUACAUUUUUAUCAAUUUCGCGGACAAAUUUGAAUUCUGAGCGCGGGUAGUCAAGUCCAGUGCCUUUAACAGUUUGUGCGCGAACACGUGAUUAAACCGGAAGAAAUUGUGAUCUGGCGCUGAAGGCAGGAUGGACGUUACUAGGAAGUAUUUGUGCCAUGAAUGAUUUGAACAUACCUAUUGGAUAGUUUUAAGUUGAAUACGUUUUACCAUGGUCGACACUCAACACUUCUGUCUGAGGUGGAACAACUACCAAAGCAGCAUCACUUCUGCAUUUGAAAAUCUUCGGGAUGACGAGGACUUCGUGGACGUGACGCUGGCUUGUGAAGGCAAAAGUCUGAAAGCUCACCGAGUUGUUUUAUCAGCAUGUAGCCCAUAUUUUCGCGAAUUACUUAAAUCUACUCCUUGUAAGCAUCCUGUGAUAGUACUUCAAGACGUUGCCUGGGCAGACCUCCACGCUUUGGUGGAGUUCAUCUAUCAUGGCGAAGUAAACGUUCAUCAACGAUCUCUCUCCUCCUUCCUCAAGACGGCGGAGGUUCUUAGGGUUAGUGGUCUCACUCAACAGCAUGGAGAUGGAAGGGAACAACUGGCUCAAGUACAAAGUCUGAUCAGAUCUCAACAGCAGCAACAGCAACAGCAACAGCAACAUCAAGCACCUCCAACACCCCCCAUUCCCAAUCAUCAAGGCAGCUACGCAGAUAAGCUCGUUGAAGAUGCCUUAUUCACUUCACCACCAUCGCCGCCCCACGGUGCCACUGUAAAUCAAUUGCUCCGUAGGGCUGCUAUGCAAUAUAGGAGGGAACGAUUUGAAAGAAGAAUAUCAUCUGAUCCGGAAAGUGACCACAAACGAGUGCGCUCAGAGCACAUUAUAGGAAAUAACAACAAUAACGAAUUGAAUCUAUCUCACAAUCCGCCUCAGACGCAGCCUGCAGACUUUUCACCGAGCGCAAUGAAGAAUAAUGCUUUGAACUUGAACAUCAAUUCAUCGGUCAAAUCCGAAGUAAUAGAAGGAAAUGGAAUAAGCAGCACAGAUCGAGAAAAUUCACCUUGUUCGCCUUCUCCAACACAUCCCCUUUCUCGAUGUCACAGUGAUAGCAAUGAAAACAAUGUAAAAAAUGAGCCAAUGGAGUUAAUGUGUAGUAGUAACCAGCCAGAUGAUAAUAGCAACGAUUCAGGCGAAGGUGCACCGAAUGAAAACGGCCCCAAUAAUCUGCCACAUGGGCCGCAUUCUGGAGGAAGCUCAGGAGGAGAUCAUGACGACCAUGACAGUCCUAUAGGGCCUUACUUGACGCCCUCAGAAAGCAAGUUAUUUGCAACUGCAGCUGGAAGUUUCAAUUUUAGUAUGGCUGCACUAGCAGCUGAUCCCGCUGCUCUAGGAAGUAAGUUUGACCUAUUUGUUCCAGGUCUAAAUCAGUCGCUACAAGCAAACGACACAUUGGCAGGGACAUCGCAAGCCACCUGCAGUUUUGCCAAAUUCGCUACUCCGCUUGAAGCCUGCUUACCUGCGUCUUGUGAUGGCGGAGCCCUACCGCCGCUACGCAUGCCAAGUCCCUUUUCCAUACAACCCGCCAUAAGUAACAAUACUCUUGUAGGACCCAUGAGAAUGCCGCCCCCAACCAGCGGAGGCAUUAAUGAGCCGCAAGAAUGCCCGUACUGCAGGCGCACCUUCAGUUGUUACUACUCACUCAAAAGACACUUCCAGGAUAAGCACGAACAGUCGGACACUCUCUAUGUGUGCGAAUUUUGCCAUCGAAGGUACAGAACGAAGAACUCGUUGACCACGCACAAGAGUUUGCAGCAUCGCGGUUCAAGUGGUAUGUUAAAAAGACUACUGAAGACUACAGCCAUUAAAAGUGUAUUAGGAGCCGCAGUCAGUGUAAGUCCUCCGCAAGGAGUUCAAAGGCCAAAGUAAAAUCACUGUUUGGAAUUUUAAGUCUUUUAUGUUAAAUGUUCUUUUUUCAAAAGCCAACUGUCCAUUUUUUGCAGGCGCUGAAACGCGUUUAGGCAAUAUAUCGCUAAAUUAGAUUAAUUUUCGUAUUCACUUCACUCAAAAAACUAAACCGAACUAAGAAAAAUGUUUUUUCAUAUUGUUAUAAAUGAACUACACAUGCAAUUUUUAAAGAAAAUGAAUAUCUAAGCCAUCCAGUUCAACAAAACAUUAAUGCAUCAUUUGUGAAUGUAUGUCGCACAUUUUAUUAUAAAUCCAGAUAUUUAAAUAACAUCCUUGAAAUAGUAUCUGAAUAAGACAUCAUCAAAGAGUAGAAGUUAACAAACCUUUUUUUUCGAUAAUGCUUUUGCUUGACUUACCUUUACACUUUAUUACGUUACAAAAAACCGGAAAUAGAGAAAUAAAAAAAAGUGUUUAAGAAAAUACAUUUAAUUUGGAUCCAAGCAAACAGUAAUAAAUGGCUGGGUGUGUGGGGGGGGGGUUCUUAAACCAAAUUAUUACUAAAUUAUUCGCAAUAAGUGAGUAAUUUUCAAAUAGAGACUCUAUAGUAAAUAGAUGCUUACUGCCACAGGAUACCCAAGUUUUUGUUAUGGAAUUUUAAUCACACAUUAAUGGUUCAUUUCACCUUAAAGACGUGAUAUAUUAGAGAAAUAUAGGGUGUGCAACACGUGAAAGUUUAUAUUGUUUUCAAAUUAUACUUUAUAGCAGCAUUUUAACACAUUUUUUUAUCUAAUUAUAUGAUAUCAGAUGAUCACGAGCAUCUUGGAUGAGUUGGGCUUUGGCAAUCAUUGCUUGAAAGUGGUGAAUUUCUCAAGCGUUCAGGAUGGUAAAUAAAAUUUUACAGACGUUUUGCAAGCACAAGUGGUUUGCAUCUUCAGAGGGGUUUGGCUCGAAAUCUUACACUUUCAGCAAAAACAUGUCAGGAAGACAUUCUUUCCCAUGACGCCCGAAAAGCCCAAAAAUCAGUAGUUUCGUCUUCAGGGUGUUUUUUUUUUCAAUUAUAUACCAAGUAUAAGAUCAAAUAUUGAGCUGAAUAAAAAAUCAAUUAUGUUUCAAAUUGUAAUGCAAAUGCUAAAUUGAGUAUCGUAACAUUUAUGACAUGAUUAAAAUUACGAUUUUUGUGAAAUAAUCUCAAUAAAGUUCUACACCUAAAUUGCAAAGUUAAAGCAGUUAUCUUAAAAGCAGCAUUUUGAGUUUACCUUAGACUUUUUCAGAGCUAUUUCUGAAUAAGGGAUUAGCCAAGUCCUGAAUAGAUAUAAUUCGAACCAUUCAGGGUGUAUGAAUUCUUUAGUGUUGAAGGGGAUCACUUCUAGUAAGAAAAACACUUAAAAAAUCGAGGUGCAUUUCUAAAUUUCUGCAGAUAGAAAAUUAAUAAAGGGAAGAUCGAAACUAAGGCAAAAGGAAGUAAAACUCGAGUUAUUGAGCCACUGAUACCGAUCAACCGGAACAUUAAUCGUCAUUAAUUGGACAAUACAUUUUCGAUUUAUUACUAAGAAGUCGUUUUAUUUGUAGUUUUUAAUUGAUCGCUUUGGCCAUUGGCACUUUUUUUCUUCAGGCCUAAGAUUAACUAAAUAAUACAGAAAUGGGCUGACUGAUGGGUAUGUUCGAAAUUUCUAUGUUUUUGGAAGUUUUUGGUUGCCUGUCGGUGUUUUAAAGAUUAUAUUUUGAGCCAAUUCGCUAGAAAAAUAAUAAUUCAGAAAAUCAGAGUCAACAGUUUUCACGAUGGAAUUUUAUUAUUUUUACAAAUAGAUGUUGAAUUUAAGAAAAGGAAAAAUAAUUUUAAAGGGAUAUUCAGAAAGAUCCACCAUAUAAAGCGAUUGAUGUGAGAAAAUUAAAUUGUACUGACGAUUAUUUUCAUUUUUGCUGAAAAAUACUUCUGCUUCUUAAAGGUGUUUAACUGUUUUAUGUAGGAAUGCAGCUUUUAUUUUCUUAUUCUCCGUAAAAUAUUUUGAUUGUCACAUUCUUUUUGCAAAAAGUUUGACUCAAAGUCAAACCAAUCGUACAUUCUGAAACUUUCACUUAAGGAAAUCUGUUGGGUUCGAUUUAAAAUGAAAGUUUACUUCGAUUUUUUGCACUAUAUAUAGUGUUCAUUUUUUCGUUUAGUUUUUCACUAAAAAAACCCUUUAGAAAUUUAAUCAAAAAUAUAAUUGUAAACCAUAUACUUAUGUAAUAAGCUCAUGGUAUUAUGCAGCCUGUUGCAAAAUGCAAUAGUGUCAAGUUUAUUCCGAAAGCAAAGAAGUCUAAAGUCAAAUUUGCUGGUCAUAACUAAAGGUGUAAUUUGAAAAUUCUUGAGAAAAGGAACUUAGAAAACAGGACACAUUAAAAAAAAAUUAUUUAAUAUUUUGUUUUAUAGCAGCUGUUGGUUCUGUUCAACGCAAACAAUUGAAUUUUAGACUACGUUCUCAGGUUGUAUGUUUUGUAAAAUUUCUUUGAUCGCCCAGUGAAGUAAUUAUUAUUGCCCUAUAUUUUAAUGUAGAGGUUCUGAAAAUAUGCCCUUGUUUCACAACCCGCCCUUCUUUGUUGAGUAUAUGGAAAUUCAAAGCUCCUUUAAAAAAGCUCAUUUUUCUUCCAAUUUUAACAACAUUUUGCAAAUGCAAAAAUUAAUCUAAUUCCGAAUCACAACAAUAAUACCAAACAAGAAUAUUUAGAUAUGUUCAAAUGCAAUAAAAUGGAUAAUUUGACUUGUAAAGAUCACAAUGUCACUGCCUUCUGGUGACGGCCUAGCCUCCACGAAAGUACAAACUAAAAUAGAACAUAAAACGUGUAACUUUAUAAAUUAUUUUCUCUUGGUGUUUGAAAGGCUAUUUUUAAGAAAACGGUAUUGUAUUCAACGCAUCCAUUUAAUGUUCUUAAAAUGGGUUUUUCCAAAAGUUCUAUUUGAGUUGUUCAAAGCAGAUACUCAAAAUCUGAGAGCUAGAUAAACAGAACGCAGCUUUCAGAUUGUCCUGCAUUGUGUUUGUGCUAAAUAGAUCACACAAAUUAUAUAAAUGUAAAAGCCCAUUACAAGCUGUUUUAGAAUACAUGAUUAGAUGAAAACUACACUUUGGUAUGAGUUUUCAACACUAAAACUGUGGAAGAAUUAAAUUACAUAUCGUACUCAUAUCAGAAAAUGUAUUCGUAUUAUUUGUAUUGUGAAAGUGAUCACACCAUUAUCAGCGAUUGCGACGCACAUAAAAGACUAUCUUUCCUUAAUAAGUUUUCUUUAAAAAACUCAACUAAUUCAUCGCGGCCAAAUCCCAUCACAUACCAUGUGUUUGUCCUAAUAAAAUAAUCCCUCUGGAUUGGCAGUAUGCUUUUUGAUCAUUUUCUGGAGAUAUUACGCAGAAGUGGAAGAUAUUUUAUUAAGGUAAAUACGAUAAGCAAAGCAUUUGCUCAUAAAAUAUUUAAAAGCAACUUAAUAGUAAGUUAUUAAGGCGCCUACAUUUAAAUAGUAGGCCCAACUAGAAUUAAUUGUAUAUGUACGUAACAUAUGUUAUACUAUGGUUUAAUAAUUGUUAAGUCUAAAAGCAGGUUUUCUAUAAGGGAAUGUUUCGCACUAAAUCAAUAUUAUUGAAGUAAGUGGAUAAUGCAAAACAAUAAAAUUACUUCAAAAAUAUUUUAAUCUAAAUUUACAUAUCUUCCCAGGGUUAUAUUAUAUCAAUGUAAAUAGAAAUAUGUGCCAAUUUUUUCAUUAAAUUUGGUUAGUUACUUUUAAAAUAAUUAGUAGAAAUAAUUUUAAGUCAAUAUGAAAUCAUGUAUGCCAAAUCGUUUAUUUGCGUGUUCUCAAAACAAGUUUGGGGUGAUGGCAAAAUUUUUUUAUGAACGAUCUUGCGUUCGAACUAUUGUGAUUAUUUUGUGGUUAUUUGUUUUGUCGGUGGUAAUAUUUUAGUUUAGGAUGAUUUAUUAGAAAUUGUUGUUUUUGAUAUUUUUGAAAAUUGCUGUGAUUGUUUAUAUUUAGAUUGUACGUGUGUCAACUUCGAGAACAUGCAAGUGAACUAGGUCUCAGCGACAACAACGAUUUUGACCUUACUAAGAAAAAAUGCAUAUUUUAUUGAUAAUAGAAAUCGACUUUCAUACAGGAAUAUUUUUUCCGUUUGUUCAACUCUGAGGUUUUUGAGGAGUUUAUGAAGCAAUUGUUGACUUUAGAGGCAAGUAAAAUUAAUUUUGUAAUAAAUACAGCUAUUUUUGUAGCACGUUUUGAAGCAAAAAAGCAAGCGCGUUAGAUAGCGACUUUUUCCCAGAUUUCAAAAACAUAUUUAUUUCUUCAAUUUCCUUCAAACAUCACAGUAAGUGAAAAAUACAUUGAAGACAAUUUUCAGAGGAGUCAAAUUUUAGACGAGUUAACGCGUUUAUUUAAAUAUUUAUUUAAUUACAAUAAUAUCGCUAUUUAUCACAUUCUACUAUAAUUUGGUAGUAACGAAAAGUACUAGUAACAAAAGCGCAAGAAAAGUAAAAAUUCCUUAAGAUGUCCAAGAUAAUAAAUGUGCGCUAAACAGCUUGUUUUUUUUUAAGAUUUUCGCAAUUUUUUAUGUUUUUAGACCACAUACACACUGAGAAUUGAUUAGUUUUUCUGAUAUUAUCAAGCCGCUGUAGAUUCUGGUAUUAUAACUGUCGACGUCUUCAAACAACUUUAAUUUAUUACAAAUAUAUUUUGGUAACAUUAAACAAACCUUUUUUAGUUUGGAGAAUAUUCAACACUUCAAUAAUUGUCCCAAUUGGUGUAUAUUUACUGCAAUCCAAACUGGUUCUCAAUGCUCUAUUCUCCACAAUUUGCAGCUGUAAUGUAAAGGUAGAGCACUUAUUUGUCAACAACAGUACUUCCAAAUAUUUAAUCUCCUUUACUUGUUUCCUGUUAUAACCGUGUACAAUAUUCUCGUCAUGCAGAUUAAAGCUACUAAAUUUAUGUUUUAUUUUUCAAAUAUACGGAACUUUGAUUUUACACCCGAUAAUUGAUUUUGAAGGGUUUAGACUCAAUUUGUGUCUACAGAGCCACCGAAAUUAGUUUUGCACGCUCAUCUACAACAGGUCGUAGGUCGAAGUCAAGUCCAAGAAAUAUAAAAUUUUCCUAAUCCAUGUCUGCAUAAAUUUCACACACAUUAACCACAACAGACUCACAUAGAUAAUGUUCACAAAACCGUGACUGAUUUACCGCUCAAAAAUUUUUCGUAAAUUUCAAUAGUAGCUCUUGGCCUGAAUAUAUUGAGAAUCUAUUUAUGCUUUGCAGCUUUGCAAUAGAAAUCACUUCAAUGCUUCUCGAAAAUGGACAUUUGUUAAUGAAGUAUUAAUAACAUCUAACGAUUAGAUAGCAGCAAAUAAAACUUUUUUUGAAACUCCUGCAGCGAUUCACUUUUUUGAAUUGUUUUCUAUCUUUUUAGUAUUACUUUUAAAGAGUAUUUUAAAUUUCGACAACUCACUGCACGCAUAAAAGCCCCAAAAAGCACUUCAUCCAAUAUAAAAUACUAUUUAUGACUUCAUGUAUACUGUUUAUAAAACAAUUGAAAAAGUUAUGGAUUAAGCGUGCUCAUUUCAAACAGUCUCUCCAACAGAAAGAACUUUAUGGGAAACAAAUUAUUACACUUUGUCCAGGUAGGAAUACUUUCAGGCUUUUCCACUUUUCGUUGAUUGUUAUUUAUAACUUCUCCGAAAUAUUUAUAUUUUUCAAUUUUUAUUUGGUUAACCAGUUGUUAAGGUUUUGACCUGUUAUAAACUCCAUGUAUCUUGUAGACGACCUUCCUCUUGAUCUUUCGCCAGGGACUGUCCCUUCCAAAGUGUGUCUCAAGACCAUUUCUUCUAACCACAUGACGAAAGAAUUUAGCUAUUUUCUCCGCUACCACAAUUUUCAAUCUCUUCUUAAUUCUGAGUUGGUCCAGAAUGGAUUGGUUGGUUCUUUUCUCAGUCCAAGACACUCUCAAGAUUCUGCGCAAACAAAACAUUUCGAAGGCAUCUAUCUUCCGCUUUUCCGUCUUCCGGUAGUCCGGCAUUCUGAUCCAUUUGUGUAAACACAUAGUUGCGCAUAUUUUUUACACACUCCUGUCUACAACAUAAUUUUUUAAUAAUUUUUCUAUAUCAUUGUUCUGCCUAACUGCUCUAACAUACGGAAAACACUAUGCUUUUUGCCUAAUACCCAACAGUUAUCUAAGCCUUUUGGAAGUUGGCGUCUGUUUAACAUCAGAUAUAUUUAAAGAAUCUGAUACGUUGCGAUAUUUAACACUUCAUUGAUUGAAAGCAAUAUUGCAAUUUUUUAUCAUUUGAUCUACAUUCCAGCAAGGGGAUUAUCAGGUAAAAAUAGUUUUUAUUUUGCGACCACUACGAGAAAUAAAUGAAAAUAAGAUCCUAAAACCGUAAAAUCUUAGUAUUCACAUACUUUCACCCUUAUUGAGUGGAAUUUUAAAAAAAUUGUAAAUAAAUAAAUAUUUAAAACAACAUGUUAUCGGCUUCUUAAAUUGAGAGAAACUCAAAUAAUAACACUAUGAUAAAGAUAGUAAUGCAAUACCGGAAA